AUGUCUGAUGAAAAGUCAUCUUUUGGUAAAAAAGCUGCCAUUAGCUUUGGAAUAGGCGCUGUAAUUGCAGGUGGAAGUUACUUGAUUAAUUGGAUUCAAACACGGAGGCAAAACAAUACAAAUGAAGCAAUUAGUAAUUCAAGUUCAAUAACUGAUUUAAAUCUUUCAAAAAAUUUUAAUGGUAUAUCAAAAGGUAAUAAAAAGUCAGACUGGAAUUCUAGUCCAUGUGAUUCGAAUAAGACAGAUGAAAUGAAAAAAUCAUUUGAUUCUUAUGAAUCAUCCUCUAAACCUGAAAAAUCAAAAACUGAGGAACUUACAAAUCCAUCAGAAUGCAAAGGAGACAGUCAUAAUGAUUUAAAUGAACUAUUUAAGGAAGUUGAUGAUUUAUUCGAGAAAGAUGGCCAUAGUCAAAAGAUGGCAUUGAAUCUUUUGAAAGAACUGAAAACCAGCUCUUUAAAAAAUCCAAAUGUUUUAUGGAGACUUGCUAAAGGAUAUCAAUUGAUAGCAAAAUCUCAAACCGAUAUUGAAUUGAAAAAAAAUUUUAUCAUUUCAGGUUUACAACAUGCAUCAGAAGCGAUAAAACUUGAAUUUUUCAACUUGGAUGCUCAUAAAUGGUAUGCUUUAUUAAUUUUCAUGGAAUAUCAAUAUUUACCAAUAUCUGAAAAGAAAGAAAAAGGAAGUGAAUUUUUAAAACAUGCGAAUCUCGUUUUGUUUGAAAGAAAAAAUGAUUAUUUAUUACAUUAUUCAUUAGCGAAAUUUAAAUACGAGGGUCUAACUGAUAAUAGAUUGAAAAAUGAAUUUUCCGAAUUUGGUGUAAGCGAUGUAAUUUCAGAAUUAAAAUUAGCUGAUUCUCUAAGUCCUAAACCGUGCAAGGAAAUUAAAUUUCUUUUGGCCAAAUGUUAUUUACUUGAUAAUGACGUGGCAGAAGCACUCGAUUGGUUAAAGGCUUCUUGGAAAGUUGAAUCGAAAAACGAUUUCGAUGCAAAAUGCGACGAAGAAAUAAGUAGUCUUUUGAAAAAACUUCAAACUUAA